ACCAGGAGUGAUUCACUUUCUCUCCCUACUUUCUCAACAUAAAUGUAAAGUCAAAUAAGAAAACGUACAUCGCAGAAAGCAAGUUACAAGUGUAAUAGAAACCGAUACCAAUUAACAGGCUAGUGAAUAACCCAGGCAUAUUCCCCCUGCUGAACGAGAGCCACCAAAAAAACAUCAAUAAAGGUAUCUUGGUCGUAUCGAGCCCCGAGGUCCCAGUCACCCGAGUCCCGACAACGUUUGCUCGAGGAUAACGUGGCCGUCGGAGCUGCAGAGUUCCUGGUUUUCUCAUAUUUAUGCAUUUGAGCAGAAGGAAAGCCGUCUUCCCGCUGAGAGAUGGUUGUGAUCAGAUUGGAAAGUCACAGCAAUCCUUAUACAUCAUUGAGAGGACGUUGCGGCAUUAUGAUAACGUUUUCCUUAUGAGAAACUCCGUGUAAAGUAUUAUAAAGUGGUUAUAUAUAGUCAUGGUCGGUAUAGAAGGCCGACUUGUGUAUACAUAUAUACGUCAGUGAGAAAGAAUCCGUGUGGAAAAAGUGUGAUGAACUCUGGGACAUAAAAUAACAAGAAAGAAAACGGAGAAAUGCCAUUGCUGUGGUGAAUUACAAAGAACUGCCAUUAUCCUCUUUAUUUCAGAAUAGUCUUAAAUCCACCGAGGCUUAAGAGGAAAACAUGCCAGCACAGGUAGCAGCAGCCGAAGAAAUUGGCGAGAAUUCGGAUGCCCUUUUCAGACCAUCGCGAGACUCGCCCGUCGUCAGUACCUCGGAAAAUAGAGAUGGCGAAAUAUCUCAGAUGUUACCCGAGGAGCAAGCAGGAGUUCUCGAAACACCGGGUGAAAGGAGAGCUAGACGUCACUCACACUGGAUCAUCUAUAUUACUGCAUUCGUCAUGUCUAUCGGAUUUUCCAUCGUGUUAACGGGAGUAUGGCCGUACCUGCAGCGGUUAGAUGCAAGCGUGUCCAAAGAGUUUUUAGGUUGGGCAAUUGCUGCAAAUCCACUUGGCCAGAUGGUUGCAUCACCUCUCUUGGGACUAUGGGGAAAUAAAGCAGGAUCCAACAGAGGAGCAUUUCUGACAACAAUUCUACUCUUCAUCACUGGAAACAUCCUUUAUGCCAUCCUUAGCUUGUUCGGUACAGCAGCCAAAGGGGUCAUGAUUUUCUCACGAUUCCUUGUAGGGAUUAGUUCAGCUAAUAUUGCUAUCAUCAGAUCAUACAUAGCUUCAUCUACAACUUUAAAGGAAAGAACUACAGCUGUUGCACUAACAUCUGCUGCACAAGGCCUCGGUUUUAUUAUUGGCCCAGCUAUUCAGGCAGCAUUAGCAGUGGCUUUCUCACACGAGAAAAUAAGUGAGAAUAAGACGUCGUCGGCGCUUGAGAUUCCGGAAGAUGAGAUAGACGGUGCCAACCUUGGAAUCGAGUGGAAUAUGUACACAGCUACUGGUUGGGUUGCGACCUUCCUUGGAGCUUUGAAUUUCUUUCUCUUCCUGCCGUGCAUCUUCAGAGAAUAUCCAAUAGCAGCCAAAGAAGCUCAGCUCACAAGGCAUGCUGCCAGCGAAGAUAAAAAAUUACCAAAGCCUGAUUAUAUAGCACUGGUUGGUGUACUGAUUUCAUUCUUCAUCAUCCUUUUCAUAUAUGUCUUGAUAGAAACAUUGCUUGUUCCUAUGUGCAUUGACCUCUAUGCCUGGACUGAUGAACAAGCUAUAACAGUUGUAGGUAUUGGUUUAAGUAUAGCGGGAGCUUUGUCAGUCAUAAUGUUUACCUUGACAAGUGUCUUAACUAGGAAAUUUGAUGAACGCAAAGUUUUUAUUUUCGUUGGAUUAGUUCCACUAACAGUAGCUAUGUUGAUUCAUUUCCCAAUGGGAAAUACCUAUCCAAAAAUGCAGAAUUGUACUUCACAUGAAAGUGCAAGUGAGUUCGGAAGCUUUACCACAGUAUUACCAAACUUGAAUUUUACUGGAUUCAAUAGUUCAUUAUCUAGACACAGGCGUCAUGCUGUAAGAGAUGACACUUGCACUGAUCUUGGCUGCCCUCAAGAGCAGGAAUGGUGCCUUUACACACCUAUUGUAGAAAUGCCUCAGAUGGUUGUGGCAGACACAGCAGCUGUUAUAGGGUAUCCAGUUGCAUUUACGCUCUCUAGUUCCUUCUUCUCAAAAAUUUUAGGGCCAAAGCCACAAGGUGUGUGGAUGGGUAUUCUAACAAGUACUGGAAGUUUUAGUCGUGUCACUGGUCCAAUUUUUGUGUCUUACAUGUACACUGCAUUAGGUACAAGGUGGACAUUUGGUAUCCUUUUUGUAGUAAUAUCUCUUACACUUAUUAUCAUAUCUUCAUUGUACAAAAGACUUGUUCCUAUGAAGUUGGUAUCAACUUAACUUGUUGGCAAGAUGUUCUCAUUGCCAUCACAAUUAUAUUGCAGAUUUACUGCUUAUAGCUUAUUAACUGGUUUGUUCUUGGUUGAUGUCAAAUGAACAUACUACUUUGUUGAUUUUAAAAAGUUGGUGAAGGUUAUUCUUUCAUUGUCAAUUUUCAGAUUUUAACAGUAGGGGAUUUCCUUCCUUUUCCUGUUAUUGUGUUCAACUUGAUCAAAAAAGGAAUUGAAAAUCAUAUUUUUAUCUUACUUUUAGAAUUGAAAUAUCAUACUGUGAUGAGGAUAGGCAGCUCUUUUGUAUGUUUGCAUGUAUGAAUGUGUGUAUUCAUUUAUUUGUCUGCACUGCUGGAAUCUGUGUAUAUUUGCACAUAUUAGCAGACUUAUAUGAGUGUAUUUAUUUUGGUAUACUACUGUGCAUGUGCUCAUGCCUGUUUAUAUGUAUUUAUCUAUGUGGGUCUUUCUUUUCUUCUUUCUUACUUCUUUGUGUGUGUAUGUGUGUUUGUGUGUGUGUGUGUGUUUGUGAGUAAGAUUAGUACUUGUUUACAUUUGUUGUAAUAUUCAUAUGUGUAUACUCUUGUAAGAGUGUGUGCUGAAUAUGUGUAUAUGUAAGCACAUUUAUUUGUGAAUAAGUGCAAACUUGUUAGCUCUCUUUGAAAUGGAUAUUGAACAUGAAAUCUUGUUAUGGGUAACAGUACCUAGCAUUUCACAUGGUGCAAUGAAAUAUCAGUGACAGGACAUCCAGUAAGAUAAUGAAGAACCAAAAAAAAAUUCCUCAUACUCGCCUGCCCACAGAUACUUUUUUGUUUGUUUGUUUUUUGUUUUUGUUUUUUACUCUACUAUCCGUAUUAUAUCUAUUCAGUGUUCACUUUAUUUAUUCUUAUUUGCAUUUUUUUUUUUUUUUUAAUUUCAAGCCAAGACAAUGAUGAAAAGAACUAUCCCAGGAAAAAGAAUCUCAGGGAUUCCGUGCUGGUUACUAUUCCGCAGUUCUUGUCACUGAUGAAUCUAGAGGUUUUUGUUUCCUUAUCUGUGAUAAUGAUGAAUAUUGUGUUUCCCCCAAACACAGAACCAUGACAUGAAUAAAAGAAAUACUCAUACAUAUUUUAUCUCAAACUACUAUUUAAAUACAUCUACCUACAUGUGUGUGUGUGUGUGUGUGUGUGUGUGUGUGUGUGUGUGUGUGUGUGUGUGUGUGGUGUGUGUG